UCCUUAACGUAUGAUAGAAAAUUAUAAUGUGAGUAAUUUUUUUUAUAACACGCGUGAUUAAGUUUUCCCCUACAUAUACUAAAGUGUGAGUUAAUAAUUUCUUAAAAACUAAAUCAAAUACAAGGUAUUUUUUUUUCCAUUUUCUCGGACAUUCGUACCGAUUUAUUACAUCACCGAACAGCGUUCCCGACUUUCCGUUGGCCGUUGCUAUUCUGAGUUCAUCAUCAAAAAUCAAUACAAAUUAUCGGUAACAUUCAUCGUUUUGAUCUUUUCAAACAUCAUUUCACCGUUCGGUUGGAUCAGAAUUCUACGGUUUCGGAAAUGGGGCCGAAAGGGAGAUUACACCCUCGGGGUCCAUCACGUAAAUCCUCAUCAUCAACGUUCAUCUUCUCAAUGCUGAUCAUCUGUUUGUUUUUCAUUUUGAUCCUUCUCGCUCUCGGAAUCCUUUCGAUUCCAACCAAUUCAAUCAAUUAUCCCAAAGCCAAUGAUCUCAGCUCCAUUGUUCAACAGGUUACCGACGCUGCCAGGAGUGAGGUCAGCGAUGGUAGAGUAGAUCACUGGGUUGAAGUCAUCUCGUGGGAGCCUAGAGCCGUCAUCUAUCAUAAUUUUCUGUCACAAGAAGAGUGUGACCAUCUAAUCAACACUGCUAAACCUCAUAUGAAAAAGUCAACUGUUGUUGAUAGUGAGACUGGCCAGAGCAAAGAUAGUAGGGUCCGAACAAGUUCCGGAACAUUUCUAACCAGGGGACAAGACGAAACGGUUCGGGCUAUUGAGAAAAGGAUUUCCGAGUUCACUUUCUUACCUGUAGAACAUGGUGAAGGACUUCAAGUUCUCCACUAUGAAAUUGGUCAGAAAUAUGAUUCUCACUAUGACUACUUUCUCGAUGAAUACAACACGAGGAAUGGCGGUCAACGGAUGGCUACCGUUCUCAUGUACCUAUCAGAUGUUGAAGAAGGGGGUGAGACGGUGUUCCCUUCCGCAAAGGGUAACAUUAGUGCUGUACCUUGGUGGGAUGAACUAUCCGAAUGCGGUAAAAAGGGGUUAUCUGUUAAACCAAAAAUGGGGGAUGCAUUACUUUUCUGGAGCAUGACACCAGAUGCAACUCCAGAUCCUUCAAGUUUGCAUGGCGGGUGCCCGGUUAUUAAAGGGGACAAGUGGUCUUCUACAAAAUGGAUCCGUGUGAACGAAUACAGGGUGUAAUAUUGGUUCAAAAGUCUUCACAUCUGACGACAACACUCAUCCUUUACAACAAUGUAAUUUCUUCUUCACAUCCACCAAUUUUGAUGUCCUUUAAAAUAUUGAGAUGUUCUUGUUUAUCCAUUCAAAAUAUAUUCCUUUGUUGUACUGAUUGUGAAUUUUUUUUAACUAUUUCCAUAUUUGGGAUUCCCAUUUUCGUGUU